AUGGGAAGCUUCGACAGGUUGAAGAAGUACAACGGGAGGGAGAAGGAGAAGGACAAGGAGAAGGAGAAGCCGCCAAAGACUGAAGCCGAACUAGAAGAGGAACGGAAGCGCAAGGAGCAGGAGGAGAAGGAGGAGGAGGAGCUGGAGAAAGCUUGUGAGAAGUGGUGCGGUGUGAUCUGCAAGAUUCUGAUUCUAGUUCCUAUCGUGGUGACCUACAUCCUCUUGCCCCUCAGGGAGCUGGCUCUUCGACCGGUGAUGUACACGGAGACCCGGAACCUGCUGAACAAGCGGGCGGUCGUCACCGGAG